AUGGGAACCAGUGAAUAUAGUUUACUUGGAAUUCCAGAUGACUUUCAAUAUAAUCUCGGGUUGGACUGUGUGAGGAAUAAGGUAUGGGUCGCUGCUCUGGGAGUUAUAUCAGCUGGAUUAGCUGUACUGUCAGGAUUCGGACUGCUGUUACAUUGUGGAAUGAAAUUUGCUAUCAAUACCGCCAAUGCACCUUUUCUGAUUCUAGGUAUUGGUGUAGAUGAUAUGUUUGUCAUGCUCGCCAGUUGGCAAACGACUGACGUCACAGAUAAGAUUGAAGAUCGCCUUGCUGAUACAUAUGCUGAAGCAGCCAUCUCUAUUACAAUCACCACUCUGACUGAUGUUUUGGCUUUUUAUAUUGGCAUUAUGACACCUUUUCGAUCUGUGCAGUCAUUCUGUGUUUACACAGGCACAACAGUUCUGUUUUGCUUCAUUUAUAACAUUACAUUUUUUGGAGCUGUUCUUGCAUUGAACGGGAGAAGAGAAGCCAGCAACAGGCAUUGGCUGACAUUCAGAAAAGUCAAAAGUGAUCAGGAACCAGAAGACUCUAAAUGCUAUUCAAUGUGUUGUGUGGGUGGAGCUUAUAAUAGUGAGACUGGUGCCGAACUAGAACAUCCAGUUUAUUUCUUCUUUCAGAAAUAUUAUGGUCCCUGGCUCACAAACAUUUGGACCAAGGCACUUGUGGUUGUCCUAUACAUUGGUUACUUGGCUGUCAGUAUUUAUGGUUGUAUAAAUAUCAAAGAGGGAAUUGAUCUCAGAAAUCUGGCCUUUGAUGGUUCUUAUGUGAUUAAAUUCUAUGAUGAUCAAAGUGCUUUUUUCUCAAAAUAUGGACCACGUGUUAUGGUUGCUGUCACUGAACCCGUGGAAUAUUGGGAUUCCACUGUUCAGGAUGAAAUUGAAACCUGCAUGGGCAGAUUGGAAAACAACUUGUAUGUAGAUCCUGAAUUGUCAGAAUCCUGGCUUCGUGUGUACAUUGCCAUAACUAAACAGAUGUUAAUAGACAUUCAGGAAAAAAAUGCAUUCUUGGGAAAUUUAUCUAUAUUGUUUCACAUUGUUCCUGUAUUUGAACAUGACAUUAGGUUUUCAGAAAGUAAGCAAAGAAUUGAUGCUUCUCGCUUUUUCAUUCAGACCAUUAAUGUCAAUACUCCAGUCGCUGAGAAAAACAUGCUGAUUGAAUUAAGAAAGCUGGCACAGGAAUGUCAAAUCCCUUUGCUGGUGUACCAUCCUGCAUUUAUCUAUUUUGAUCAAUAUCUUGUUAUUGUAUCCAACACAAUACAGAAUGUAGUUGUUGCUGCUGCUGCAAUGCUGAUCAUUGCGCUAUUGUUAAUACCUAAUCCAAUCUGCUCUAUAUGGGUAACAUUUUCUACUGCAUCAGUUUUAGUGGCUGUGGCUGGUUUUAUGACGUUUUGGGGUGUCAAUUUACAUUCGAUAUCAAUGAUUAAUCUGGUCAUUUGUAUUGGUUUUUCUGUGGACUUUUCAGCUCACAUUUCAUAUGCAUUUGUGUCUAGUGACAGAGAAACUGCAAAUGAACGAAGUAUUGAUGCAUUAUACAGCCUUGGAUAUCCCAUCAUCCAAGGGGCCCUUUCGACCAUACUGGGUGUAGUUGUACUGGCUGCUGCAGCAAGUUACAUAUUUAGGACAUUUUUUAAAAUCAUGUUUCUUGUCAUAACGUUUGGGGCUGUUCAUGGCCUUAUAUUUUUGCCUGUGUUCCUGACAUUUAGUGCAAACUGCAGAAAGUCAAACAGUGCAAAAUCAGAUAAGAGAACAAAUCCGGAGGGAAACCCUGGCAAUUCCAACGAGGCAUUGGAACAAAAGGACGAGAAUGCAAAGAUUUAGAAGUCGUGCUGCAGGCCUACAAAACCUGGAGUGCUGUGAGCAGUCCUGGGCACAACAUCUUCUAAAGGAUAAAAAUAAUGUCAGAGGGAGAUCUUUUAUAUUGACAUCUGAAUUACUGCUGAAUUGGAAUCACUUUACCA